CUCACAGUGAUUCUUUUAUAAUAGAAACGAAAGAAACGCAGUCAUGAUUAAAGUAAAACAGCAGCGAGGAUUUCGUUUUAGGAAGUCAGGGCAGAAAGGUUUUUCAUUACCGCCCGUCUCUACUGCCUCCUCUUUGGGCACAGUUUGGAGUUUCUUCGGACACAGAAAACGAGGCCAGGCCAGGAUGAACGGAGAGUCAGGAGCCGGAGUGGUGACGGCCCCCCCUCCCACCACAGCCCCUCACAAGGAGCGGUACUUUGACCGGGUGGACGAGAACAGCCCCGAGUACCAGAGGGAGAGAAACAUGGCCCCCGACCUGCGGCAGGACUUCAACAUGAUGGAGCAGAGGAAGAGGGUGUCCAUGAUACUGCAGAGCCCGGCCUUCUGUGAUGAGCUGGAGACAAUGAUCCAGGAUCAGCUGAAGAAGGGGAAAACGCCCACCAGCCUGCUGGCUCUGCAGCAGAUCGCAGACUUCAUGACCACCACUAUGCCUUCCAUGUAUCCAGCUGCACCACAAGGAGGCAUGGCAGCGCUCAACAUGAGUUUGGGUAUGGUGACUCCAGUGAACGAUCUGCGUGGUUCAGACUCCAUCUCAUAUGAUAAGGGCGAGAAGCUGCUUCGCUGCAAGCUGGCGGCCUUUUAUCGGCUCGCUGAUCUGUUCGGCUGGUCUGAGCUCAUCUACAACCACCUCACAGUCAGGGUGAACUCAGAUGAGGAGCGCUUCCUAAUUGUCCCCUUUGGGCUCCUGUACAGUGAAGUCACUGCUUCUAGUCUGGUGAAGAUUAACAUUCAGGGUGAGAUCGUGGACCGGGGCAGCACAAAUCUCGGAGUCAACCAGGCCGGCUUCACUCUCCACUCUGCCAUCUACGCUGCACGGCCCGAUGUGAAGUGCAUCGUGCAUAUACACACACCUGCAGGGGCUGCGGUGUCGGCCAUGAAAUGUGGCCUGUUGCCGAUCUCACCUGAGGCUCUGUCUCUGGGAGAAGUGACCUAUCAUGACUACCACGGCAUUCUGGUGGAUGAGGAAGAAAGUACUCUCAUACAGAAGAACCUCGGGCCUACCAGCAAGGUGCUCAUCCUCAGAAACCAUGGCUUGGUGUCAGUCGGGGAAACAGUGGAGGAAGCUUUUUAUUACAUCCACAAUCUUGUAACCGCCUGUGAGAUCCAGGUGCGAACACUGGCCAGCGCUGGAGGGCCGGACAAUCUGGUAAUGCUGGACCCGGCCAAAUACAAGGCUCGCCCACGGGUGCCAGAGCCAGCCGGCGACGGGUCAUCCACACACCCAAAGUGGCAAGUCGGGGAGCAGGAGUUUGAGGCUCUCAUGAGAAUGCUCGACAACCUGGGUUACAGGACGGGCUACCCUUACCGCUGCCCGGCAUUGCGAGACAAAGGUAAAAAGUACAGUGACGCAGAGAACGCUUCCUCCGCCCACGGUGGUUACUCGUACGGCGAGGACAGUGACUCAGGCGCUCGCUCCCCGCUGAAACACAGCUUCCAGCGCGGCCAGCGCGACAAGACCCGCUGGGUCAAUGCCGGCGGCCGGCCCGACGAGCCCUACGAGGACGGGCCCGACGGCAGCAGCCCCAAGUCGAAGCCUAAGUUUACAAAGGAAGAGGGACUCCGCCAGGCUGCCGUAGCCAAUCAGUUCAUCCCGAUGAACACCAAUCCAAAAGAUGUGCUGGAAAUGAGGAAUAAGAUCCGGGAGCAGAACCUGCAGGACAUAAAGACAGCGGGACCCCAGUCUCAGGUCCUGUGUGCUGGAACUGGAAUGGAACGCUCCUUUAACCAGGACGCCCCUCUGUCUGACUGUACAGACACUAUUGAUGGCCUUGAUGUGUCCGAGGGGUCCUAUAGUCCUGCUAGAUCAAUUAGAAAGGGGGAGCUAGUGACCGCCUCCAAGGCCAUCAUUGAGAAGGAGUACCAGCCCAAGGUCAUCGUCAGCAAGCAGGGUCCGAACCCCUUCACCAAACUCACCGACCAGGAGCUGGAGGAGUAUCGCAAGGAGGUGGAGCAGAAACAGAAAGGGCCUGAAGUGCAGGGACGUGAUGAUAGUAAGGAGGGAUCAGCCUCCAAUGUUCCCUGUCCUGAGCCUGAAAAGCAACCGAGGGGUCAAGCCUCUGACUCCCAACCUCUACAGUCUGCAUCCGACUCGCCCAGCUUAGAGCAAGCCCCGCCUGCAGCCGCCCCUGAGCCGGGCUCCUCUGGCCCCGGCCCCUCCAGCGAGGCAGAACCGGCUCAGAGCAUCGAAAGUACCGCAGAGUUAGUCGUAGAUGAAGUUUUAACGUCCGCGGAAGAGAUUCUGUCAGCUCCAGAUUCCCCACAAAAGGAGUUCCACUGCGCCGUGCUGCGAGCCCUGAGCAAGGAGCCAGUGGUAGACGCAGACCGGGCUCCAGACCCUGAGCAGCUAGUUGAGCCUGACGAGGAGCCCCGAGGCCAGAAACCCACCACCACGCCUCCCAGCACCCCGGUCAGAGCAGAAGAAGAGUCUUUACCUGAGCAAACCUUUAAGGACGAGAGCGACGCAGCCACCCUGAGACAGACCCUUCCAGAUUUAACACCCGACGACCCCUCCGAUGCUCCGGCACUUCCUGCCGAAGACUCCGCCUCUGCACCUGCACCUGCACCUGCAGCUGCAGAGGCGGAGGCAAAUGCAGACGCAGAUGCUGAUGCAGACACAGCUGCUGCAGCUGCAGUGGAGCUGAGGGAGGAGGAUGCUGCUGACGCUGGCGAACAGGAGGGUGAAGAGUCUCCAAGCAAAUCGCCCUCCAAAAAGAAAAAGAAGUUCCGCACUCCCUCCUUCCUCAAGAAAAACAAAAAAAAAGACUGAGCCCUAGAUUGGAGAAUGUUUGAUCGGUCCUCAUGGCUGGCCUCUGCCUCUCUUCAUUUUCGCUUUUUGUCUGCUUUCAUUGCACCCUUCGAGCAAACCACAGCUACACACAGUUAUGCUUUUUUGUUGUUUUGAUAUAAUUUGUCGCUGGCUUAUUAACCUACUUUUCCUCGUUAGUGUGUGCCAAUUUUGUAUACAGUGUAAAAAUGACUGAUUGCAUAGAGGUUUUUAAUUAUUACAGGCUUUUAGUUGUGAGAGGGUGAUGCAUUCGGUCUUGUCCACUCCAUCUGGCCUUUGAUGCAUGUCUAAUACUGCAGGGCCACACGCUCGCUGUGAGGUUUUAAGGGUUUUAUUGCCCUCAUUUUUUAAAAAUAAGAGUAUUACUAAACUGUUGUAACCACUAGAAUGUAUUGGGAUUGUAUCAAAAAUAUGUCAAAGUGUCUUUUAAAAAAAACAAAACAAUGCAGAAACAGAAGCUUGUCAUUUACCUUCUGACAGUGAAAACUACGAAUUACAAUCAUUUAAUCACAUAGGAGAACUACAGUAUGAGAAUGUAGUCAUACUAAACCAAAUAUUCUGUUUAAAUCAUAUUAGCGUAAUCAAAUCUGGUUGAAGGUUUUUUCCUUUUUUACUAAAAUAUUCCACCAACAAACAUUUGACGCACCCUAACCUUACAGGUAUGUUGUUAAGUGCUUUACAGCUUGUGAUAUUUUCCAAAUUCAAUUUAACCGUGUGGAUUGAACCUGCGUUCUUUGAACCCACAGAUGUUGAGUGUUUCACAACAAAGUGAGUCACCCUGAUGGUGUUCAUUCAUUGUCCUUGUUGAUUAUUCCAAGGGAUGGCAAUAUCUCUACUCCUGGCUUUUUAAAGUCUUUUAUUAUGAAGGAAUGUGUAAAGAGAAAUUCUUAGUCUGUGUUUUAUUCAUUUUUAUUAAUUAUUAUCUGAGUCUGACUUUGUUUGGCAUUAGCUCCCUGAUCCCCUCUGUCUCUGUGAACGUCAGAAACAGUUAAAUAUGCUACAAAUUGUGAGUUUACGCAUUUAAUUUUUUUCUUCAUUGUAAUUGUUUUCUGUAUUUUUAUUUUUUUUAACCUGAGCUUUUUCUCACAGGGUAGAUUGAGGUUUUGAUCGCCUGCUGUGAGAGAGCACUGUGAAUCCUAUCUUUCAAACCACUGUCUAUGAACUCAUAACCACACAUUGUUUUUACAGUCUGUCACCGUGCAUCAAGAUACAGAACACAUCACGAUUAUGGAGCUGCAUGAUCAAUCAUACUUACUUAGACUUUCCCGUUUGAACCCCAGUCUGACCAAAUGGACACUCUCACCUGUGUGUUUCCAGUUGCAGUAAAGACACGAUGUACACUGGAGAAACAUUUUGUUUUGUUAUGGCACUGAUGUGUAAUCGAUGGUGUGAUAUAAGCUAUGCUUAAGGCUGCAGGUCGUUAAUACGAAGACCACGUCCAUGCAUUGCUUCUCAGCUUGUUUUUAUUCAUCUUGUUUGAUUGAAGAAUGGGUUUGUCCAAUUUGUGGUGAACCAAAAGAUGAAUAUUACAGAAAACUACUAAUUAGGCCUUUUUCCCCCAUCUGCUACAUGCAAAGCACAGAAUGUCUGACUCAUGAAGGACUGCAUGUGUAGAGUGCUUAGAGUGUGUACUCUUCCUUUUAAUGACUGUAACCACCCCAUUGAUUUGACCUCUGUUUGUUUUAGCUUAGAGUGCAGAUAACAACAGUCACAGUCGUCACAGGAAUGGUUUUUUCAUCUCACAUCUGCUGAUUUGUAUCCUCUGUCUGAACUACUUCCAGUUGAAAUAUGUCUCAGCAUUAUACCAUCUACAGACUUAAAUCUUCCACCUCUCUUUUCUCACGGCUCUGCCUCUUUUACAACCAUAAAUAAACAAACACUACCAUGAAAGUCA